AUGUUCAAAUUCUGGGGUUCUCAGGAGCAGCAAGCUCAGCCACACCAACAGGAAGUGCCCAGAGAUUCAUGCAAAUUCAACAUACCAAGACCUGCUGAUCGAGCAAAUUCCUUAUCAAAUGUUUCGCCUGCAGAGGCUGCUGGCAUCAUCGCUACGUUGAAAGAUAAAAGCGUUGAUGAGCUUCAGAAGCUUUUGUCUGACAAGGAUGCUUAUCAGAACCUCUUACUCUCACUUGAACCCGUCAAAACUCAAGACAGAGUUGGAGAUGAACUUCGCAACGAAUCUCUGCAGCUUGCUAGAGAGAAUAUGGAAAAAGAACCACACAUGGUGGAGUUAAGGAAUCAGUGCAGAAUUAUCCGAACAUCUGAGCUGGCUACUGCUCAAGAAAAACUGCAUGAAUUAGAGAGGAAAAAAGAAGAGACUUUGAAGAAUUAUUCUCCUGCUUCCCUUCUCCAUAAACUUCAUCCAUGUGUUGAUCCGUGA